AUGGCCAUGGACGAGAGCACGUCCGCUUCGCCGCCGGCGGCCAAGCACCAGAUCCCCAUCUUCUCCUCGGCCUCGCCCAUGACCGCCGAGCUCGACGUCAAGUCGCUCGAGACCGCCGCCAAGGUCCUCCAGAUCGUCGACCGGUAUCGCAUGCGCAAGGCCGCCGAGACCAGCACCAAGGCCGACGAGGGCGCCCUCAAGUUCCUCGCCCUCAUCUACACCCACGUCAAGGCCGGCCAGGCCAUCCCCAUGUGCCUGCCCGCCUUCCCCUUCAAGUCCCCCAACUCGACCUCCAAGGUCCUGGGCAAGCUACCCGACCGCGCCGAGGACCUGGCCCUGUCCCACCUCAACAGCCUCUGCGCCUCCAUCGAGCGUGUCCACGCCCCCGGCGCGAAGCUCACAAUCAUCUCCGACGGCCUGGUAUACAAUGACUUGCUAGGAGUUGCCGACAAGGACGUCUGGGCGUACGGCGAGGCCCUCCGUCAACUCGCCAUCGAGCGCGAGUACACCAACGUCAAGUUUUGCCGGUUGCGCGACCUCGUCUCCAUCGACCUCCCCGAUGAGCUCGACGAGAUCACAUACGUCUCCAACGCCACCAACUUCCGCCGCGCCCUCCUCAACACAUUCAGCCGCCCAGACUGGAACUGGAAGGAAGUCAGCCAGAGCGAGGAUGUCUGCCUCACAUAUCGGGGCUACAUCCGAUUCCUCGAGACCGAUCUGGCCCACGUAUAUCCUGUUGGCGAAGGCCGCUCCAAGUCCAAGUACAAGCGCGGCCUCGAGACUAUUGCUCGUGAGAUGAUUGCUCGCGGUGAUGCCUUUGCCAACGCGGUUCGCAAACGAUAUGGCGACUACGUCCGUCUGUCCAUCCACCCCUCCACCGGCGCCACCAAGCUCUCCAUCAGCCUGCUGCCCACCAACUCCAUCUACACCACGCCCUGGCACUGCAGCGUCGCCUACAUGCUCGACGGUACCAUCCAGACCGGCAUGCGUUCCGAGCUGGAGCAGGACGAUAAGCUCGAGCUCGUACACGAAAACGGGCGACCCAGCUACUUCCGCGAGAAGUCGGAUCUCUUCUCCUGGGGCGAGGACAAGGGCGGCAUCGACUGCGCGCCCAUCUACCCCUCCGGCUGGAUGAUCACCGCCAAGAAGGGCAAGAAGGCGCUCUCCAUGCGAGACGUCGACGCCAAGAAGGUCCGCGCCCUCGCGGAGCACAACUCGCCGGUCAUCAUCCGCGGCUUCGCGCAGACCAUCGACCGUGAUUUAUACGUGGAGAAGGCGCACCAGUUUGGCACGCCUCUCCCUUGGAAGUUUGGCCUGAUCCUCGAGGUCAAGGACCAGGGCGCCAACACGGCCGGCCUCAACAACGUGCUGUCGGCCGAGUGGAUGCCCUUCCACUACGACGGCCUCUUCAAGACGGUCAAGCAGACCAACGACAAGGGCGAGGAGGUGCUCGUCUCCACGCCUCCCAAGUUCCAGUUCUUCAUCGGCGCCAGCGCCUCCCCCAAGGACACGGGCUUCACCCUCUUCUCCUCAUCUACCCAGUUCUUCAAGUACCUGCCUUCGUGGGUGGACGUUGAGGAGCUCAAGAAGAAGACCUGGUCCGUCCAGACCUCGUCCUUCGACGCGACCGCGAUGACGGGCAUCCCGCUCGUCUCUUCCCACCCGACGACCGGACGCCCCUGCCUGCGGUACCACGAGCCCUGGCCGGAGACCAAGACCAAGUUUGACGCGACCAACGUGGUCAUCGAGGGCAUGUCGGCGGAGGAGAGCGCGAAGCUGUGCGAGGCGAUUGACGAGACGCUGCACGACCGCCGUGUCGCGUAUUACCACGCCUGGGAGAAGGGUGACGUCGUGGUCAGCGACAACAUCUUGAUGAUGCACACGCGCAGCGACUUCAAGUCGGGCUGUGAUCGUGAGCUGUGGCGCAUCCACUUUGACUAA